UCCAUUCGCCAACCAUUCCUCGAUUUCCUUCUUCUCUCCCUUCUCCGUUGACAGUCAGUACUCUCUCUCUCUUUCUCUCUGGUACAGGGAGGCAUAAAGGCUAAUGGAGUUCGCCUCCAGGUACUUGUUGCGUCCCUCCCGUAUUUGCUUUCCGCUGCUGCUGCUGCUGGCGGCGGCGGCGGCGGCGGCGGCGGCCGUGGCUGUGCCUCCGGUGGCGCAGCAGGAGCAGGACAGAAUCGGACGCCUGCCCGGCCAGCCUCACGUUGACUUCGCCCAAUACGCCGGCUACGUCACCGUCAACGCCUCCGCUGGCCGCGCUCUCUUCUACUGGCUCGUCGAGGCGCCGGCCUCCGCGCAGCCCGCGCCGCUGGUCCUCUGGCUCAACGGCGGCCCGGGGUGCUCCUCCGUCGCCUACGGCGCCUCCGAGGAGCUAGGCCCCUUCCGGAUCCACUCCGACGGGAUGACGCUUUACCUCAACCCCCACGCCUGGAACAGAGUGGCGAAUGUGCUGUUCUUGGACUCGCCGGCGGGCGUCGGAUUUUCCUACACGAAUACCUCGUCGGAUCUCAUCACCUCCGGCGACCACAGAACAGCCGUGGACGCAUACAAUUUUCUCGUGAAUUGGUUCGAGAGGUUUCCUCAAUAUAAGCAGAGAGAAUUCUACAUCGCCGGAGAGAGUUAUGCAGGGCAUUAUGUUCCUCAACUAUCUCAGCUAGUUUACGAAAAGAACAUCGGAAUCCAGAAUCCUGCAAUCAACUUCAAAGGAUUCUUGGUGGGCAAUGCAGUUACUGAUGAUUACCAUGACUAUGUGGGAACCUUUGAGUACUGGUGGACUCACGGCCUGAUCUCCGACUCGACUUAUAGAAUUCUAAGAAUCCACUGCGAUAACGAAGUUUCUGAACACCCUUCAGGUGCAUGUAUGCAGGCCCUUGAAACAGCCGAUGCUGAAAUGGGGAACAUUGACCCUUAUAGCAUCUACACUCUUCCUUGCAAUGAUACUGGAUCUCUUAGGCGCAACUUAAGAGGCCAUUAUCCUUGGAUGUCCAGAGCAUACGAUCCUUGCACUGAAAGGUACUCGAAGAUGUACUACAACCAUCCUGAGGUCCAAAAGGCACUUCAUGCCAACACAACAGGAAUACCAUACCUUUGGGACACAUGCAGUGACACUGUAGGAAACAACUGGGGAGAUGCACCUAAAUCCAUGCUUCCUAUUUAUCAGGAACUCAUUUCAGCUGGCUUAAAGAUAUGGGUUUUCAGUGGAGAUACAGAUUCUGUGGUUCCGUUGACCGCGACAAGAUACUCCAUUGAUGCCCUCAAAUUGAAGACUGUUAAGAAUUGGUACCCUUGGUAUGACCAUGGAAAGGUUGGAGGAUGGAGUCAAAUCUAUGGAGGACUGACCUUGGUGACAGUAACCGGAGCCGGACAUGAGGUUCCUCUUCAUCGUCCCCGGCAAGCUCUGAUACUCUUCAGGCAUUUCCUGAAAAACAAGCCAAUGCCGGAAAGCUAACCAGAAAAAAAGAAAGAAAGAAAAAUGAAAUAAAAAGAUGAAGCUGAUUCUUAGUGCAUAAGGUUCUUCUCCUCACAAAGCUUCAUAUAUAUAUAUAUAAUUGAUUAUAUAUAUAAUUGUUGUUAUUUUCAAAUUUUUUUCGCAGUCAGUAUAGUGUGUAACAUGUAAUUCAAGGCUGCCUUGAAUAAAUAGGAUGCUGAUAAACAGAUGGAUUUCUGCAUUUAUAAUUCAUGGAAAUAAAUUAGCAAUUGUCAUUGAUCA